AUGACUGGUCAACGCCCGACCGGAGGAGUCGACUGCCAGGCCGGCGAUGCCGACCACGGGAGGUGCGAUGGUACAGGAUUCAACCGGCAGGCGAGGGAGGAUACCGCCGCGUGGGCGACGUGGUGGGUCGCUGCGGGGGUGAUCGUGCUCCUUACUGCGCUGUACCUCUUCCGGCUGUGGCGCGCAAAGGUGGUCAAGCGCCGUGUGCUGGCGCGUCGCUCGCCGCAGGACGAAGCCAAGGCUGGUGAAGCGAAGGUAGAGGUUGCCACAACGCGGCAGCACAUCACUCGCGCCGCGUCCACUGCCUUCGGUAACCUCGCCCACGUCCGUGUCUUCCCGCUGUGGCUCUACUCCAACUCGACGGCCAACGAGUGGUUCUGGACUGCGGCGUACACCGGCGUCGUGCUCGGCCUGGGCAUGUACGGCUCGAAGAUGCCUGGGGAGGCGGUCGCGCCGAUCAACUUCAUGGGUUACAUCGCGUACUCGCAAGUGCCCCUCAUCAUCGGCCUGGCGAACAGGAACAACCUCAUAUCGCUGCUCACAGGCAUCUCGUACGAGAAGCUCAACUACCUGCACCGCGCUGCCGGCCGCGUGUGUGUUUUGACAUCCAGUAUCCACUCUAUCGGCUGGGCGUCGAAGAGCGCCAUGAGCCACGCGUUCGCGCCGGGAUCGUACAUCUUCAACACGGGCAUGGUGGCAUGGGCUGGCCUGCUGCUCAUCUACAUCUCGAGCUUCCGCGCCGUCCGCGCGUGGAUGUACGAGGCGUUCCUGGCGCUGCAUAUCGCCAUGGCACUCAUGUUCAUCAUCGGCUGCCUCUUCCACUGGGUCGCGCUGUGGGGCUACCUUGCGGCCGGUCUGAUCAUCUGGGGCGGCUCGCGCAUCGUCGGCCUCGCGCGCAUGGUGUACCUCAACUCCGUGACACUCUUCACCAAGCCCGCCACGACGGACCACCUCGCGCUCGUCGAGCUCCUCGACGCAGAGGUAAUGCGCAUCACUGUGCCGACGCCGAUGAAGUGGCAGGCGGGGCAGCAUGCUUACCUUACCAUGCCAUCCAUUACCAGGUUCCAACAGCACCCGUUCACGAUGGCUACUGCGAGCGGGGACGCCGUGUUCUUCGUGCGCACGCAGCGGGGCUUCACCCGCAGAUUGCGAGACCGACUCAUUGGUACCAAGUCGCGCACGCGCUGCCUGAUCGAAGGCCCAUACGGCAACGUGCACUCGAUGCACCACUACGACACUGUGGUCCUCGUUGUCGGCGGAACGGGUGUUAGCUUCGCCACCUCGCUGCUUCUCGACACCCUGGCCGCGAUCAAGCGCGGCGAAAGUGCCGUCACAGCGCUCCACAUGAUCUGGAACGUGCGCUCGGCAGACAACGUGGAAUGGAUCGCCCCGCUUGUCAACGAGGCGCUGGCAGCCAGCACCAGUAUCAGAGUGCGCAUCGAUGUCUUCGUCACCCGCGGUGCUGUCCCCGCGCUCGAAAGCGACGAGGAGGACAAAGUCGCUGGCCCGUCGAGUGCCGUGGUGGAGGAGAAGGCCGGCCCGUUCGGUCUCAGCGCCGCCGCUACCCGCGCCGUCAGGCUCCAUGCUGGUCGCUCGCCCCUCGAAGAGCUCCUUCGGGAGGACGUGCUCGCCUCCACCCACGACGCGGCGGGUGUAUGUGUCACGGUCUGUGGGCCGACCGAACUCGCCUUGUCGGCGCGCCGUGCCGUUGUGCGGGUCAACACUCCCACCGCUGUGCUCCGCGGCCAAGUCCCCGUCUCGUUCCACGCCGAGGCGUUCGGCUGGUAG